AUGCGGUUCGUUUUUUCCCUCCCGCCCAAUCCCAAUCCCAAUCGGCAGCUGAUAUACUUCGACCAAAAGACGUACCGACUGCCGGAAGCGAUCGUGACGAUGUACGCCGACCGUGUGCAGCAUCUCGACCUGAGCCACAACAAUAACAAGCUGCUGGACAAUAACUACCUCACGGACGAGAUUAUCUUUCCCGCACAGCUCAAUAACGUGAAGCUGCUUUCACUGAACAAUAAUAAGUUCAAGAAUUUGGAUCUCCUGCUCACCAAACUGUCGCUCUGCUUUCCCGAGCUGGAGUAUCUGAGCUUGCUGGGCAAUCCUGCCUGCCCGUGCCAUCUGCUCAACCUGAAGUACACGGAAUACGAUUAUCAGAAAUAUAGACUGUACAUCAUCCGACACCUUCCGAAGCUUCGCAUCCUUGACGGCCAGCGGGUGAAAAAGAUGGAGCGCGACUUUGUGCGCUGCCAGCUGGAGAACUACGGCGAGACGCUCGACAACGAUCCGAACGCGGUGUCCGGUUCGGCCAAACAGCAGCAGCAGCAAACGAACGGCACCCGCAAGAGCAACACGCUGAAGCAUCUCUACACGACCGUCAGCAGUGGGUUGGGAUUGGGCCGGAAAAACCCGCCGGUGUACAGUCCGCUGCCCGAGACGUUGCGCGAGGUGGGCGAUCAUCGGGGCGCGUACGGCCGGUGCCGCUACCGGUACGUUGGGGCACAGUCCGAGGGCAACCGGUUUAUACUCAACAAUGACUUAUGAGUAGCGUCCGCCAAGAGACACUCAUAUUUUUUAUUCGCUGUAUAAUGUGUGUUUGUUUGUAUGUGUGUAGUAGUUGUAGAACUAAUUUUAAAAAGUAAGAGAAAAAAGCAAGAUGGAAAGAAA